AUGAAUAUACAACUGCUUUGGCUGCUAAUUUCGCCAGCUCUUUCAUGCCCAGUUUACACCUGCGCUUUAGAUACAGACCCUCUGCCAGGCAACAAAGUUUAUACUUUCGAUUCCGCUUUCUAUAGCGUUUAAAUGUCCACUACGGGGUAGCCCUUUCCAGAGCUGCCACCAUAUUUAUCCACGUGUCGGGCACAUGGACCUCUGAAUCGAUCCACUUCGUUACACCAUGGCACGGGUAAAUACAGCGUUCCGGCUUCGACGGGCUGCCUUGCUUCGCCUUCCUUGAAUCAGCUCCUGCGUGUGUUCCGCCUAAGGGUCACCUUCCUCGAGUGUGCUGAAAGGUAAAACUUCAAGCCUCUUGAUGUACUUGGAGCAGUGUCUCGGGUUAUCUGCCAGAGUUAAACUGCUAUUGCUGCACAGAAGUUCUCAGAAGAAAACCUAACCCCAUAAAUAAAAUUGUUUGAGGGAUAGAAAAUUAGCGAAGCUAAUUUCACUCGAACCGAAUGCCAUUUUAUUUAUCGAUUCCGCUUCCAAUCAAUACACAAUGCAAGCUUGCCAAUAUUCUUAUCUGACCUCAGAUCACCCGAAAAACUGGGGAACUGAGGAUGGCUAUUGCAAGGAUUUUCCAGACAUUCGAAGGUGGGCAUCGCGCACUUACCAAGAGUAUUAUGAGUUUAUACUUCUAGGAGAAUAUACAAUUUGUGAUCCUGACAGCACUUCAAAACUAUGUGAUUACAAUAGCAAUUUAGAAUGCUACUUUAACUCGACAAUGGGAAGCUACGCAUGUGGUAAAACAUUAAAUUCAGGAGACGAUUGCGCUUCAUCUGUUGCACCUUGCCCAUACAGCCAUGUUUGCAACCUUGGAAGGUGCGUUGAGAUGUUUACCUUGAGUCUUGGCGAUGAAGCAAACAAUGUAAAAGCUUGCCCUGGAGGGACAGAACUGAAAAAAGUUGAAGAAAAAAAGGUUUGCGACAUUGCUCCAGCUAGUUUUGGAUCAAUUCCAAAGAAAUGCCAAAGUAGCGAUGAUUGUGCAAAUUAUUUUACUACUGAUCUGACUGAUUGUGUAUGUGGGAUAAACUCAGAGGGGCAAUCAUACUGCCAGCUGUUUCCUGGAGAUGAUCCUUAUUUGAAAUACUAUGAGGCGGUUAAGACGCGUACAUUUGACGAUAUGGUUUACUGGCAGUUUGUAAGUGAAAAUUAUGGCUAUUUGCAAGGGAGCAUCCCUGAAUGCCUCAGCAACGUUUGAAAAGAUUAUGGAGAGUAUAUAAAGGUAGACCAAAAUAAUGCGUUUUUAUUAGGAUCUGCAGCAAGUGCCUUUAUUUUAAGUUUAGCAUAG